AUGACGCAUCUAACAAAAUUGGACUAUGAUCCUCUUAAAAUUUCUGGCAAGAACUAUUUGAUGCUGAAAUUCACCUUAUGGCCGGCUAAAAACUUUGGAAAUGCCAUCAAAGUUGACAAUAAGUCAUCUGUGCAAGAUCCCGCCAAGCCUAUGAUUUUCUUGCGUUAUCAUCUUGAUAAGAUCCUAAAAGAUGAUUACCUUACGGUGAAAGAUCCACUUGAGAUUUGGCAAACAUUGGCUGAUCGAUUUGCUCACCAGAAAACCAUUGUUCUAUCUAGAGCACAAUAUGAAUGGACGUAUUUUUGCGCCUUCAGAACUUUAAAUCUGUCACUGAUUUUCAAUUCCGCUAAACAUAUGAUUACCUCCCAACUAAAGUUAUGUGGAGAAUCUGUCAGUGAAGAUAACAAGCUCAAAGUCUCUGAUUUUUUUGUGGACAAUGGAAAACAUAUUGAUUACAUGAUCAGCGGCGGUUUUCUUGACACCGAUAAAUUUUAA